GCUCCUCGGCGGCGGCGGCGGCGGCGGCGGCGGCUACGGCGAUGCUGUGGCCGCGGCUGGCGGCGACCGAGUGGGCGGCGCUGGCCUGGGAGCUGCUGGGCGCCUCGGUGCUGCUCCUCGCGGUGCGCUGGCUGGUGCGGCGGCUGGAGAAGCGGCCACGGGGCCUGGACCGCAGCGGGACCCCGGCCCCGCAGCCCUGUGCGGCUGCCGCGCCGGACCCAGGUGAAACGACAAUGGAUGUGGUGUUGGCUCGAUUGAAACUCCUGAACUCAGAUGCCCUUAGAGAGGAAAUUGUCAAAGCCGGAUUGAAAUGUGGACCCAUCACAUCAACCACAAGGUUCAUUUUUGAGAAAAAACUGGCUCAAGCCUUACUCGGGCAAGGAACAUCGCUCUCUUCCUUUCUUCCCAGCCACGAGGAGGCAGGUGCCACGGCCGUCAGCCAAGACACGCAGAGAACUCUGAAGUCUGCCGAAGAGAGCCUGCGUGAGCAAGCCAGUGUUCCUGAAGACAGAGAGUUUGGUUAUGGCGUGGGCUUGAACCCUCCCCAGGAGGACGCUGUGACAUCCGCGAGCUGCUCGGUGCCCUUCUGUGCUGCAGCCCACAUCAACACCCACAGAGCUGGUGUGCCAGCCACUAAGGAGCCACCUCUGUACUAUGGGGUCUGCCCUGUGUACGAGGACCUCCCAGUGAGAAACGAACGGAUCCAUGUUUAUGAAGAUAAAAAGGAAGCAUUGCAAGCCGUCAAAAUGAUCAAGGGGUCCCGAUUCAAAGCUUUUUCAACCAGAGAAGAUGCUGAGAAGUUUGCUAGAGGAAUUUGUGAUUAUUUCCCUUCCCCAAGCAAAUCUUCAUUACCACUUUCUCCUGUGAAAGCACCAUUCCUUAGCAACGGCGGGUUAAAAGGUGGUUUGUGUUCACCUGAGUCAGACAUAGUGAACAAAGAGCGGGCAAACAGUUAUAAAAACCCCCGCACCCAGGACCUCACUGCCAAGCUCCGAAAGGCUGUGGAGAAGGGAGAAGAAGACACCUUUUCUGAUCUCAUCUGGAGUAACCCUCGGUAUCUGAUUGGCUCAGGGGACAACCCUACCAUCGUCCAGGAAGGCUGCAGGUACAACGUCAUGCAUGUUGCUGCCAAGGAGAACCAGGCUGCGAUCUGCCAGCUGACUCUGGAGACCCUAGAAAACCCCGAGUUUAUGCGACUCAUGUACCCAGAUGACGACCUGGGCAUGCUGCAGAAGCGCAUCUGCUACAUCGUUGAUCUCUAUCUGAACACUCCUGACAAGAUGGGCUAUGACACGCCAUUGCAUUUUGCUUGUAAGUUUGGAAAUGCUGAUGUGGUCAACGUGCUUUCUUCACACCCUUUGAUUGUGAAAAACCCAAGAAAUAAAUAUGAUAAGACACCUGAAGAUGUGAUUUGUGAAAGAAGCAAAAAUAAACCUGUGGAACUGAAGGAGCGGAUCAGGGAAUAUUUACAGGGUCACUACUAUGUGCCAUUGCUCAGAGCGGAAGACACGUCCUCUCCCGUCAUCGGGGAGCUGUGGUCCUCAGACCAGACGCCUGAAGUCUCCCACGCUGGUCACUCAGGAGGUGGCCCCCGGGACCCUGUGCUGACCCUGAGGGCUUUUGCAGGGCCCAUGAGUCCAUCCAAGGCAGAAGAUUUUCGCAAACUCUGGAAGACUCCACCGCGAGAAAAAGCAGGCUUUUUCCACAACGUCAGGAAAUCUGACCCAGAAAGAGGCAUUGAAAGAGUGGGCAGGGAGCUAGCUCAUGAGCUGGGGUACCCCUGGGUUGAAUACUGGGAAUUUCUGGGCUGUUUUGUUGAUCUGUCUUCCCAGGAGGGCCUGCAAAGACUAGAAGAAUAUCUUGCUCAGCAGCAAUUGGGCAAAAAGGCUCAACAGGAAACGGGGGGGAAAGAAGCCUGCCUCAGAGACGGGGCCCCGACCUCAGGCAAGGGGAAAAAGGGCAGCAAUUCCGUCUCUGUGGGGGCAUUUCUAGACGAAGAUGAGGAGAUGAGCCUGGAAGAAAUCAAAAACCGGCAAAACACAGCUCGAAGCAGCAGCCCGCUCACCAUCCGUGCGUGGGGAGAUUCCGUGUGUGGCACCCUUCCCUCGGAGCACAAGGCGGGCUUGAUCGAAGCCGCAGCCCUGAGUGGUGUCCCCAGCAGCAGAAAUGGAUUCUUCAGUCCCAGCCAGAGCCCGGGUGGCAGGAGACCGAAGGCCGCCAGCAGAGAGGAAGCACUUCUCUCGCCUGUCUCUGAUUUGACUGUUGACUUUGACAAGCUGAGUUUGCAAAAUCUAGAAAGUGGCUUUUCCAGGACCCCAACACGAUCUAUGAAAACCGAAGAAAAGAAGAUCCUGACCUCGAGAAUGGACGCAGUAGAAAAUGACUUGUUAGCGUCUCCACCUGCUGCAGACAGACUUGGAAAGGACCAGACAGAGACGGAGAGGGAAAUGUCCCUGGAGCCCAGCAGCCCCGGGCAUGAGGCCCAGGGCAGGCACACGCCCACGUCCCCCCCUGCCACCAGGCUCUUCCUCUUUGGAGAGGAGCCAUCAAAGCUGGACCGGGAUGUUUUGGCAGCUCUGGAACGUGCCGAUGUCGACCCUCAGCGGUACCCCGCUGUCCACAGAUGGAAGAGCGCUGUCCUGGGCUACUCGCCCUCCGAUAGGCAGAGCUGGCCAAGCCCUGCGCUGAAAGGAAAGCUCAAGGCUCAGCUGCCAGAUCUUGGUUGUGGCCCCAGCUGCAGCCCUGGGAGAAGCCGUCCUGCUGGGGGCAGCCCCGUGAGGCCCGGUCACGCCGCCCACUCCCCCAGCCUGGGGCGCUACAGCCCUGCACAUGGGAGCCACCUCCGCAGGGUGGCGCGAGUGGCCCAGCUCACCACCACCCCUUAGGGUUGGGCAGCUCUCAUUUCCUUCGUUUCUAAACAAGAAGGGUAAUAUGUUUUACAGGUAAAAUUUCACACACACAAAAAUAUUCCAAAUAAUUUAUUAAUCCUCACUUUGAGGGUAGAAUUUCAGAAAACAUGAAUGUUCUAUGUAAAAUUUAAAUUUUGGAUAUUUUGGAAGAAGUUAAUGAAACGUUUUCUGGAAAGUAUCGAUGUAUUAAAGACUUUCUAGGUAGCAGUGCCUCGGUUUGAAAUGUAGCGGAGAAAAGGGUGUGGAGGCCGUUCCUGGGAGAUAGUUGUGUGCAACCAGAAACCCUGAGCGACUGCUCUGGGAAGAGGAGGACGCUGGCAGAACUGCUGGCUCGGACAGCCCUGUGACACCUGCCCUCACUCAGCUCGCUGUUCAAACAAAGGUGAAUUGGUCCUUGGCUUCCCGGGGUCUCUUGAUGAUGGGACAACCCCUCAGCCAGGUGGCCCUCAUCAUUUAGAUAAAAUGCGGUCUCAGAUGUAAGGGAUAUUUACAAUUAAGGUCAUUAAAACACUGGAAUUACCGAUAAGAAGACGAAGUAGCUUUUUUUGUUGGAAAAAGGUUUCCAGCCAGUGGGUGUUGUGCAAGAUAGUCCCAUAGACUCACCAGCAAUAAUUAAAAGGACUUUAUUUUCCACUAGCUCUUGAGCUUUCAGUCUUGAAUUUCCAGUGUAGUUAUUCAUUUUGAAAUUGUUCCCUGGUUUUGAGAUUUAUCAUGAGGACUCGAGCAUGAAUUCGCAUACGGCCAGUUUUCUACACGUGUCUCCUACCUUUGUGUUUCAGUUGGGAUGCCCUGUAUGGAAGAGCAGUGCAUUUCAGGUGUGCCUUCCAGGUGAGGGUUGGUGGAGGCGGCCCUACCCUUGGCGCUCUCUCAGGAGGCCCACACAGCACAGCAUCACCAAUGGCUGUCAGGGCUGACUUCCGCCUGGGGGUUACAAGCAGCAGAUCAUAUGCAAGUGUUGUUUCGUGUUUACUCCAAAAUGAAAAACUGUAACAAUGCUUUUGCGAACUUGAGUGCCUUUUUAAGUCAUUUUCAAUUUUUCUGAACUUGCUUUUUGAGAAUAUGAAAUGGUCCUAAGUAGGCAUAACUAAGAUCCUUUUUUAUUGGUGUAACCUGUGAAUUGAAAGUUGGGUUAAAACGCUUAUUUCUUUCACAUAAGCAAUGGGCUAGGAAUACUGGAACCGACACUUAGAUUUUCAAAUAAAAACUGUCACACAGGAUGUUUUCACUUGUGUAGCAGAUGAGAUCUCACAGAAUAGAAACACUGCAUUCUAAAAACAUCAGCGGUUUAAAGCCUUCUUGUUCUUAAAUCAGAAUGUGGGUAUUCAGUUUUGUCUAAACACCUUAGGGUAUUGGCUUGUAUACUAUUGUACAUAUCCAAAGAAAUUAGUGUUUUAUCCUAAUUUUGCAGACUUGGGCUCCUGAAGCGUUAGGCCUUCUUUAUUUCUCCAUUUGUUGGUGCCGCGGCACUGGCCCUAGUGAGUGCCUCAUCCCGUGUGGGGGGUGGCCUUUUAAAAUCUACUUAAUGAAAUAAAUUAUUUUUAACCAUGUA